CCUAAAACCCGCGUCUUUUCUUCGAUUUCGAAGCCGCAAGAUGUCAAGGAUGGCGUCGCCGACGGAGAGAGUUACGACGUCAUCGUCGUCGGUGGCGGCCACGCUGGACGCUGGCUGCGAAGCUGCUCUCGCUUCUGCUCGUCUUGGCGCCAGGACCUUGCUUCUCACUCUCAACCUCGAUCGGAUUGCAUGGCAGCCUUGUAACCCGGCAGUUGGUGGUCCGGCGAAGUCUCAGCUGGUUCAUGAAGUUGAUGCGCUCGGUGGGGAGAUAGGGAAAAUGGCUGAUAAGUGUUACUUACAGAAGCGUGUUUUAAACCUUUCAAAAGGGCCUGCUGUCCGUGCAUUGCGUGCUCAGACCGAUAAGAGAGAAUAUGCAAUGGAAAUGAAAAAAGUUAUUGAGAGCACCCCUAAUCUUUUUAUUAGAGAGGCUAUGGUCACUGAGAUUAUGAUAGGCAAGAAUGACAAUGUGGAAGGUGUUCGUACAUUUUUCGGCAUGGAUUUCUAUGCUUCAUCUGUUGUACUGACCACUGGAACUUUUAUGAGUGGUAAAAUUUGGGUUGGUAGAACUUCAAUGCCUGCAGGACGAGCUGGAGAGUCAGCUUCACAUGGACUGACUGAAAGCUUGCAGAACAUGGGGUUCGAAACUGAUCGGUUGAAGACUGGCACUCCUGCACGUGUUGACUUCCGUACUGUUGAUUUUUCUGGUUUGGAACCACAGCAUGGAGAUGAGUUGGUAAAUUGGUUUAGCUUUGAUCCUGAUUUCCACAUAGAAAGGGAGCAAAUGUGUUGCUACUUGACACGCACAACAAAAGAAACACACCAGAUUAUCAGAGACAACUUGCAUGAAACACCAACAUAUGGUGGUUGGGUGGAAGCGAAAGGGCCAAGAUACUGCCCUGCUAUUGAAGACAAGAUAGUGAGAUUUGCAGAUAAAGAUUCCCAUCAGAUUUUUCUUGAACCUGAGGGUCGGAAUGUCCCUGAGCUAUAUGUGCAGGGAUUUUCGACAGGCUUACCUGAGAGGUUGCAGUUAGCACUUUUGAGAACUUUGCCUGGCCUCGAAAACUGCCUGAUGCUAAGACCAGCUUAUGCAGUGGAAUAUGACUACUUGCCAGCCUAUCAGUGUUCUAGGUCUCUGAUGACAAAAAAAUUUGAAGGAUUGUUUUUCUCAGGUCAGAUUAAUGGAACAACAGGCUAUGAAGAAGCUGCUGCUCAGGGUCUUUUAUCUGGAAUUAAUGCUGCUAGACAUUCACAUGGUAAAUCUGUUAUCGUUCUUGAGAGAGAAAGCAGCUAUAUAGGGACUUUGAUUGAUGAUCUUGUUACGAAAGAUCUCCGUGAGCCAUACCGUAUGUUGACAAGCCGCUCAGAACACCGGUUGCUUUUACGUGCUGACAAUGCGGAUAGCCGUUUAACUCCUUUCGCGAGGGAGAUUGGUCUAAUAGAUGAUAGACGUUGGGAGCUGUAUGAAUCUAAGCAAGCCCGUAUUUUGGAGGAAAAAAGACGCUUGAAGACUGUGCGUGUGUCAGAUGGAGGAGAAUUGGCUGCUGAGGUUACUCUUCUAUCUCGACAACCGGUCAAAUACUCUUGUACGCUAGAAAGUCUUCUUAAGAAACCACAUAUCCAAUAUGAAGUUCUUGACAAGCAUGGAUAUGGAAACAAGCUUCUGUCCAAGAUUGAGAAAGAAUGUGUAGAGAUUGAUAUCAAGUAUGAGGGCUUCAUUCUACGGCAGCAGAGCCAACUUCAACAGAUUGUCAAUCAGCAUCACAAACCGCUUCCUGAGGACUUGGAUUACCAUUCAAUGACAAACUUAUCUCACGAAGCUCGGGAAAAACUUUCCAAGGUCAGACCACAAACUGUAGGCCCAAGCAGCAGAGUAGGCGGGGUGAGUGCAGCGGACAUCACAGCUCUCCUAAUUGUCCUUGAAGCCAACCGAAGAAAGGAAAGUGCAAGGAAAAAACAUGAGAUACUGAGAUCUGCCGCCGAAGAUGCUGCUGAACUCAGCCCUGCUAUAGCUGCAACAACACAGGCGGUCAAUUCCACCUGAUGCCACUAUUUGAGAAUAUCCGAUGGCGUGGCUCUUCCUGGACCUCUGCUAUUAAUAGGUCAGAUGCAGGAGAACAUGCAAGUCAGAGUCUGAACCGAGAUUAAUCAAACUGUUUAUUUUUUUAUGCGGGGCGGGCAGGCUACAGUUUUUGUCGACCUUUCGUGAUACUCGAAGGAUGAAGCCUGCCGUUUUACCUCGCCAGUCUGUAGCAUAAUGCUGUUUUCAUCCAAAGUUCAGGGUGUACACAAAAUGAGGAAAUAUGAGAUCGAACCGUGUACACUAAUAACUAACAUUAUCAUUGUCAUCAUCUUGUAUUACCAUGUAUAGUAAAUUAAAUGGUUACACAUGCUGAAAAUAAAAUGAUUUUUUUAGUUUUCAAGUCA